CUGUUAGUUAUAUAUUUCGGUAGGAUUCCUCGCUACCGCGUGUUUCAGGUGUAGCCGGUCCGCGGGCUUCACGGUAACACGUUAACAGCCUUUGGUGAACCAUUUCUGAUGAAUCCUCUCAACUGGUUCACCUUCCUCAGCGAGAGCAGGUCAGAAGGCGAUUCCUUUGACACUUCCUUGGUUUUGCCUCUCACAGUUGGCCUUGGCACAGUUGUUGUGAGUGUCUUGCUAGGUUUCAGAAGCAAUCUACUCAACAACUCUAACAAGAAGCUAAAACACGACCAAAGCCUGCCUAAUUCGAUGCGCGAAUCAGUCAAACGAAAGCCAUCGAAGAUGACUGCCAAACCCAAACCUAACAUCGUACCCAAUGGGGAAAUUAAACCGGCCCCGAAACCUUCCACUCCUGUCCAGGAAACCAGUUCCUCCGAAAAUCAGUCUUUCCAUUCCCAGUUUGUUCCAGAACAACCCAACGUCUUGGCAGAUAUCAAGGCGACAUCUGAUGAACCCAUUGUUUCGCUUCCCAUGCAGCACUCCACCGGUGAAGUUCCCAAAUUGUCGAUAGGGCGACGGAAAUCCAAAAAGACAAAACGAUCCCAUCGCACUGAAGAGUCACAAGGGCAUUUAUCUGUGGGGAUUUCUACAGAGACUGAUCCUUCUUGGGUGACUGUGAUUCCAAAGAAAUCAAAACAUUCCACUGGCCCAUCUCCUGCCGAUGUGUCGCCUACUACGGCAACCCAACCAUCUUCCGAGGCGGCGAAUACUUCAAUACAAAUUGGGACCGAAGCACCAGCGUCUCCUUCCUCAGUGACAGAUGUCCCUUGUCCCAGUCAAUCCGAUCCCCUGUCCACCUUAAGGACUGCCACUCAUCCCAGUGCAGCUGACUCUGUCUCAAGUCGUACCACCCAACCAGUGACUUCCACUGAGCAUCCCUCGGAUUCCUCCACUGUUCAACAUUCAACACCGCAGUGCGCCACCGCUUCUGGGCGAGUUGCAAGUGCUUCGGACCGCAGAUGUGAACCAUCGAACCCGAAGUGCGAGACCCUGCGAUCUACCACAUUGAUCGAUCUGGUCACUACAAGUCCUCCCGCACAGGAAACCGGUGUCGGUGAAUUAGCUGCAUCCCACUCUCAGACUUUACCUUCUGCUGUGACAGAUACGCCGUUGACAUUGAAACCUCUGGCUUUGUUUGCCCAUUUGCCGGCCACCAGCCAGUUGUUGGCCCAACAUCUGUCCGCUCAAGUGCAGGCGAAAGAAGCCGAAUGCCAAGUGAGUCUCUCCGUAUCGUGGUUCCAUCGUUCAAGUAUUCCCAUGUCUAUUGGUCAACAGUUGGCUGUAUCUCGAUUUCUUUCUCCUCACUACCCUUCCCUUUGUGGGCGAGUCACCAGCACCUUGAGCAUGUGCUUGAACGGUAUCCUUGUUACACGCUGCUUCGUGGUUGCCAGUUUGUUGCACCUGUUCACUGUGGGCAGACGCUUCGAUCACAAGCGUGUAUCCUUCCACUCGUUGUCCCUUCCCACAUCGUCCGCACCUGAACCCUCCGAGCCUGCUACUGCGGGUGAUCAUGAGCACCGUUCGGACAAUUCAGAUGCGGUGCUUCUUCGCACACUACAAAACGAAAUCGCCCGCCUGGCAAAGGAGGUUACUCUUUCGCAUCAGCGUAACGAGAAUCUGGAGUCCCGAUUAGAAACAACCAAAUCCCAACUGGCUGUUGCGAAGAAAAAGACCUCUCGGGAUACAAAAGCUAUCCGACAGCAGUUGGAGGCGGAGACUGAACGUGCGACGAAAGCGGAACAAGCUAUGCAUGAGAUGGAGACCAAGCUACAAGAGACGCAACAGCAGCUGGCGACCCAGCGUCAGCAGAUUGAGGAAAGCGAGCUCUCAUUAUCCCAGCAGCUGGAGCGAGUGCGUCUCAAUUACACUGACCUGUUGGCACAAAAAGAGCGAUGGGAACAACAGCAGACUACCUUACAGAGCGAAAAGGACCGAUUAACCCGGGAAUACGAAUGCAUGAGGACCAAACACUCGGCGUGUUUAGUGGAUCUGGAGAGUGCUCGCUACGAGUCGAAAAAAUUGCGAACCAUGCUACGCGAUGCUGAGUCCAGACUCGGCACCGUGGAACGGGAUCACGCAGCUGCUCUGAUCGAAUCACAGACUCACGUAACUCAGCUCCAGACUCAGCUAGAUACCGCACAGGAGAAACAACUUGAGACUCAGACCAAGUUAUCUGCUGCCGAAUCCAGCAUAGUUCGCCUUACCCUAGACUUGGACGCCUCACUGACCCGCUUGGCAAGCGUCACCGAAGAGUUGGAUGCUAGUCGAGUGGCGUGUUUGGCACUGGAAAAGCGUCUGCACGAUAACCAUGACAAUCAGCAGCGAGUGCGGCGCAACGAGGCCGAAGCAAUGCAAACUCAUCCAAACAGCCAAACAACACCUAUUAUGGCCGAACCUCGCGCUCUGUUCGAUGAGACCACUCAGACCGAUUCCGAGCCGGCCGUCGAAUUCGAACUGCAUCCUCCGGACACCGAGCCGUCGAUUGCAUCCACUACUGCCUCUCUCUCUGAUGAACCCGAUGACAAGUGCAAGGAACUGGAAGCCCAAGUGGCUCAGUACAAAUCUGCGCUGGAUAUGGCUGAGACCAUGUUGUCCAAAUUGCAGACCUCAGUGGAGGAGGAGGAGCAACGUUGGCGCGGCGCCUUGGAAUCAUCCACAGUGGAGUGUGGGUUGGUACGUUUGUGUCUGGUCUGUGUGUCUACAUGUAUUCGGCUAGUGGUUUACUACCCGAUUGGAUUUUCUUUCGUCGUGUCGCAUCACUUUGUCCAAUCCCCUCUACCGCCCACAGCCCCCGGAACUGAUCCACACUGUUCUGGAAGGCCACCAGGGGCGGCCACCACCGUGACUGGUGGAGCUUGUUCCUCUACGGAUACUCCCGUCCCCGUCAUCGCGAGACGAUCAGAUCGUGGAUGCUCAGAAGCCGCGACACCGCGGCAUCUCAUUAUCAAACCCACUGACGAUGAGCUCCGAUCGUCCGCUGCCACGCGUUCCCACCGAAGAAAAUCCAGAUCACCUCAUCACUCUCCACCUCCUUGUCGUCUUUCACCUCAUUUCGAUUCUGCUUCGACCCAUGUGACAGCCGUUCCCUCGAUUCCAGCCUCCAUGGCAUCUGUACUCCUCAGUCCUCCACUUUCUUCAGGUGGUCCUCCUUUGGUGGACACUGACCAACCAUUCACUUCCGAAUCGCCCGAACCCACCAGUCACUCGCAAUCAGAUCCUGUCUCUGCAGAAGAUAGACUAGCCAUCGAGAAGCUUCUCACACCAAAUUCAAACCCGCCUCCAACGAAGCACGACAAAGAUCAGAACAGUCCGGGUCGACGAAACCGCGUUUUAAUGGUCGAAUCGUUAGGACUACUACCAACGGAUUGGCGAAAUGAAUGUCAGACGGUCACUUUUCGCUUCUCAAUCUCAUCGGGCUGUCCCGCCACCCCCUAUCGAUCAGCUCUCAGUGGCUGUCGCCCUCUCGCGUGUGCAUGCAUUUGCCUCAGCAGCUUCACCCCCUUUGGGGGGUAA